AUGUCGGAGAAGAUCACCUCCGCUCCCCUCGAGGACGAGAAGGCCAUCCACUCGCAGUACGAGCACGCGCCCGAGCUCGAGCACGGUGACGACCCGAAAAAGCCCAAGUACGCCGCCAACACACAGCUGGACGAUGCUGCGCGGAUCCUCGCCGAGGCGGGCGAGUUCGAGUACACGGCCGCUCAGGCGAAACGCGUCCUUCGCAAAAUCGACCUUUACGUCUGUCUCCCCAUGUGCUUGACCUACUUCGUCCAGCAGCUUGACAAAUCGUCUGUCUCGUACGCGGCCGUUUUCAACUUGCAGAAGGAGACCACGCCGGAACUGGUCGGCUCGCAGUACUCGUGGCUCACCUCUGUCGUCUACCUUGCCCAAUUCGUCUGCCAGCCCCUCUCCGCAUAUGCUCUUAUCGUGGUCCCGGUCAAGUACUGGGUCAUGUUCAACUACAUCUGCUGGUCGGUCGUCACCAUGUGCACUGGAGCUGCAACCAACUUUACCGGUCUCAUCCUCGCUCGUUUCUUCCUCGGAUGCUUCGAAGCUACCAUCCUUCCCUCUUUCGUCCUCAUCACCCAGAUGUGGUGGACGCGUCGUGAACAAUCCUACCGGACCAUCGCAUACCAGAUCGCCAACAGUAUGGCCGCCAUUAUCGGUCCUCUCCUCUCGUACGGCGUCGGGCGGGCCGCGGUCACUGCUACCUCUGUGAAGCAGUACCAGGUCAUCUUCUUCGCCAUGGGCGCUCUCUCCCUCUUCCUCGCCCCCAUCGUCUGGUUCCUCAUGCCCAACUCGCCCACUACCGCCAAGUUCCUCCGGAACGGGGACGACCGCAUCAUCGCCCUCGAUCGUCUCAAGGAGAACAACACUGGUACCAAGUCGUCCACCUUCAAGUGGUCUCAGGUCUGGGAGACCUACCGCGACAUCAAGACAUGGGCUUGGGCUGCGAUGUGGUUCUGCGCGGCGUGCCCUUCAGGCGGUAUCGGCGCUUUCGGUGGUCUCAUCACCAAGGGCUUUGGCUUUGACACCUUCACCUCCAUCCUCAUGCAGAUCCCCACCGGCGCCAUCGGUAUCACUGGUCUCCUCAUCGGUAUCUACGUCACCAACCGGAUCAAGAUGAGGUGGCCCGUCCUCGCUGUGAUCGUCCUCUUCCCCAUCGCUGGCGCCAUCGGUCUCACCCAAGUCCCCCGGACGCAGCCCAACGCGCUCAUGGGGUGCUACUACGUCGCCUUUGUCUUCUCGUGCAUCCAGCCCCUGUUGAUCUCUUGGUGCAACCUUAACGCCGCGGGUACUACCAAGCGAGUCGUCACCACCGCCACCAUGUUCGCAGCCCUCACUAUCGGUAACACGGUCGGUCCCCAGGUCUACCUCGCGAGCGAGGCCCCGCAGUACCCCACUGGUCUCUACGUCGACAUUGGCUGCUGGUGUGUGCUCGAGCUCCUCAUCAUCUGGAUGGGGUUCUACCUCGCCCGCUUGAACCGCAGCCAGGAGGCCAAGCGUGUCGCUCUCGGUCUCCCCGCCGACAUCAAGGACAUGUCCAUCAUGUCUACCGCCGAGGCCGACGCGUACAAGGUCGAGCUCGCCGAGAUGAUGCGUCGCGCUGGGAUGGACUAUGGCAAGGCCACCGAGGGGUCUUUCGACGAUCUGACGGAUCGCCAAAACCCGCACUUCCAGUACGUCGUGUAA